UUAGGACGUGACAGGUGACAAAGGAGGAGAAGUGAUUUUUGCGUCAGAUGUACGCACUAGUUUUAGGAGAGAUUCAGUCGAGAUUUCGUGCCCGCUUGUAGUAGGGCGAUCGCACCUUAGAGCAGAGCGCAUUCUUCAAAGGAGGGGUGAAUAAGAUCGAGAGAUUUGCAGAACUUUGAUUUCUAGGGAAGGAUAUAUUAUGCAAAUAGAAACACAGGUAACCCAAUACCAGGUUCUUGGUUCCAACAGGAUUCUGGGUAAACAUGGCGAGUGACGCCAGGUUGUUAUCGUGUUUUUAGUGAAUGGCUCUACGAAGACAAGCAAUAAGCCUGUUUUUUAAACCUUUUGCAAGGAUGUUUAGCCUGAUAGGAAAAAAGAUUAGCGAAGUGGACACCCCAGCACUUUUGAUUGAUCUAGAUAAGUUUGAAAGAAAUCUCGCAAAGCUGCCAAAAAGCAUGGAGAGAUUCCCUGGGGUCGCGGUUCGCCCACACGGAAAGGCGCACAAGUGUCCAACGAUCGCACAUCUGCAGGUAGAGCAUGGUGCAGUUGGUCUUUGUUGUCAGAAACUCUCUGAAGCAGAAAGUAUGGUUGUUGCAGGCAUUAAAGAUAUCUUGAUAUCCAAUGAGGUCAUUGGGACUUCAAAACUCUAUCGUCUAGCUUCUUUGGCCAAACAGACUAAACUCUCAGUGUGUGUAGACAACAUCCAAAAUGCACGUGAAAUAUCACAGGCUGCUUCUGUUUUUGGUGCAACUGUUAAUAUCAUUGUUGAAGUUAAUGUUGGGCAAGAUAGAUGUGGUGUGGAGCCAGGAGAACCAGUUGUUGCUUUGGCCAAGGAAAUAAUUUCUCUGCCAAAUCUUGUUUUUAAAGGAAUACAAACGUAUCAGGGUUGGAACCAGCAUGUAAGAAAAUUUGAAGACAGACAAGCAGCUGUUGGAAAAGUAGUUGAAAAGACCAAGAAAACUCUUGAUGCCCUCUCAGCCAAUGAUAUUGCUUGUGAGGUUGUAACUGGAGGAGGGACUGGUACUUACACUUUUGAGGCUGCAAGUAAAGUUUUUACAGAAGUUCAGCCUGGUUCAUAUGUAUUCAUGGACGUAGAUUAUGGCAAAAAUUUUGGCCAAGAUGACAAACCUUUCAGUGACUUUGAGCAGAGUCUGUUUGUUCUAAGUACUGUCAUAAGUGUUACUCCUGGUGACCGAGCAGUCCUGGAUGCUGGUAUGAAGGCAGUCAGUCUUGAUUCCGGUCCACCCACGGUAAAGAACCGUCCUGAGCUGGUUUACCACAGUGGAGGAGACGAACACGGUAUUCUUAGACCGUCCGGCGAUUUGAAGGUAGGAGACCAAGUGUGGCUAAUCCCAGGCCACUGCGACCCAACUGUCAACAUGCACGACCACUUUCUUGGAGUGAGAAAAGGAAUGGUAGAAACAGUCUGGCCAAUCACAGGUAGAGGGCCUGGUGUGUAACGAGCUAGCAAUUCCACAGGAGGCCCAGUUGACAGGUAGUUGUGACCAGAAUAUUUAACCCUGUAGUGUUUAGGCGCAGGUAUUUAAGAAAUUAGUUAAAUGUAGGAAGUUAUUGUCCAACUCUUUAAAGCGUUUUAAAGAGCUGAGCAAUACUAAAUGAAUGAAAUAGCAAUUCCACAGGAGGCCCAGUUGACAGGUAGUUGUGACUAGAAUAUUUAACCCUGUAGUGUUUAGGCGCAGGUAUUUAAGAAAUUAGUUAAAUGUAGGAAGUUAUUGUCCAACUCUUUAAAGCGUUUUAAAAAGCUGAGCAAUACUAAAUGAAUGAAUGAGAAAUGUCCCAUUAGUGGAAGCAUUUUCUCUGCGUGCGCAAAGCACUAUUAUGGGAAAUGCAAUCCUGUAAUAUGAAUGGGGUUUAAUAAAAAUAAUAAUUUUAACUCUUA